CUCAGUCAGUCAGUAAGAGACAUUCGCUCCGCUUACGCGGUCCGGCAAAAAAAAAGUUACCGUCGUGCAUACGUCAUCUGUAUGCGUCCAUUUCUUAAACAAUAUGGCUGCGCCCUUUGACAGUCACAUGCAUUUUAUGAGUCUAUUUAUUAAGUAUUAAUCAGAAGAACUGCUUCAGUGGACCCAAAAUUGCAAGAUGCAUUUGGCGAUACUAUGGAAAUUCACGUCGUUGGCCUGAGAAAGGUUCAUCAGUCAACAUGAGAGGCGCCAACGCUAGUUUUUUCAAUAUGAUGAGGAUCCUCUCAAGAACGGAGGCUAGGUCAUUUUCUUUGUGCAGAAAUCUGUCAAACCACCCCCCUCAGCAUGGCUCACAGAAUGAGAUACAAACAUCACCAGAGACCGAUGACCAACUCCCGGAGGAAGAGCAACAGAGGCUUAAAAAGAUUCCGAGUGACUGUACUGUGCUGUUGUUCCCCGGACAGGGGACUCAGUUUGUCGGGAUGGGUCGCGGGCUUCUGAAAUACGGAAAGGUUAAGGAGAUGUUUGAAGUCGCGCACAAGAUAUUGGGCUACGAUUUGCUAUCUUUGUGCCUGAAUGGACCAGAGGAGGAACUGAUGAAGACGGUCCACUGUCAGCCCGCUGUGUUUGUUACAUCACUGGCAGCGGUGGAGCGACUUAACCACGAACACCCAGCAGCAAUUGAGAAGUGUGUGGCAGCUGCAGGAUUUAGCUUGGGAGAGUUUGCCGCCUUAGUGUUUUCCGGUGCCAUGGAUUUCGCAGAAGCCCUGUAUGCAGUGAAGGUGCGAGCAGAGGCCAUGCAGAAAGCGUCAGAGCUGAUCCCUAGCGGCAUGCUUUCAGUGGUAGGACGGCCCCAGGCUAAGUAUAAACAUGCCUGUCUGCAGGCCAGGGACCACUGCCUCAGUCUGGGCAUCAAGGAGCCGGUCUGCAGCGUGGCCAACUACCUCUUCCCUGAUGGGAGAGUCAUCGCCGGCCACAAAGAGGCACUGGACUAUCUUCAGCAAAACUCACGGAAACUUCACUUCCUGCGUGUGCGGCCGCUCCCAGUUAGUGGAGCCUUUCACACGACGCUGAUGGAGUCUGCCAUAGAGCCCCUGAGAGAUGUCCUCCGACAGGUGGAGGUUCGCCGACCGGAGAUCAAGGUGUACUCCAACGUGGACGCCAAGCGCUACAUGCACGAGGGCCAUGUGCGCAGGCAGCUGGCCAAGCAGCUGGUGUCUCCAGUGAAAUGGGAGCAGACGCUUCACGAGAUGUAUGAGAGGACCCAGGGACAAAGCUUCCCCCACACCUAUGAGGUGGGCCCAGGGAAGCAGCUUGGGGCCACGCUGCAGAAGUGCAACAUGAAGGCCUACAAGAGCUACACCCACGUAGAUGUCACCAACCACUGUGACUCAGAGGAAUACUGACAGGGAAUAUCCCAGAGAGGAAAAUCUCUCGAAAGACACAAUUUAAUGUCUGGUGCCCAUUGGGAUAAGGAGUGAAAGGAGGAAGAUCCGACAAGAAACGUCCAUGCACGUAGUACAGUCUAUGGCCUGUAUACACCUGGAGAAAUAAAACAGUACUAAGUGGAUUUAGAAAGACCUUAACACACACACGUACAGUACAUAUACUUCCUUCAGUGUGAUAAGCUGAAACAGAAAUUCUUAUUCAAGUGUCCUUCCACCAAUCAAAUAAUCUGGUAUUCAUAGGAGUCAAAUGUUUGUUUUCUCAAGUUUUAAUUUUAUUGUGAUUAAAAAAAAAAUCAAUUUAA